AUGGCGCUGAACGGUGUGUACACUUCAACUGCGAACGGUGAUCAAACAUCAGCAAGCUGCAUUGUUGACUCCAAAGAGGAAAUUGCACUAUCAACUUUCGGGCUGGAUGACGCAGAAAACCCCGAGAAAGUGCAGCGAUCGUGCAUAAAACGAUACACCACGAUAGGCAUCGUAAAUGGAUGCGUUGUGAUAUUUUUUGCAUUUGCCACAAAACGUUACAUUCAGCAUGAGCAAACUUGCGUAUCGAACUGUGGGAUGCAGUGGUGCGAUGGUUACGGAAUGUUGGUGCUACUGCUCGGAUUCGUCUACGCGGGAUUGCUGUACUUCCUGUUCUUGAAACCGAGACUAGAGGGCUCGCUGUACAGGAAGUUGAGGCCAGUGGGAUCACAUUUCCAGCGGAUGUUUCAAACGCGAACAUCCAAACUAUCCCUGGGUGCGGUUAUAGUGCUAGGGUUUGCUGUUUUUUUGUACUUUGAUACACGCAGUGAUGCAAGCCGCUUGAUGCCUCUAACUGGUAUGAUUGUUCUGCUGGCACUUUCCGUACUGGCAUCAAAGCACCCGAAAAAGAUCAAUUAUCGACCCGUGUGUAUGGGGCUACUGCUGCAAGCCAUUCUUGGACUGGUUUGCAUCCGAUGGGACGUCGGAAGAAGUAUAUUCGCCUGCAUCGGAGCGAAGGUGGACACGUUUCUGGGUUACUCAUCCGUCGGAGCUGCAUUUGUUUACGGCGAUGCACUGAUCAACCAGUAUGCCGUGUUUGCAUUUGCCGUGCUGAGUGUCAUAUACUUCUUCAGCUUCUUCAUAUCGGUGCUGUACUAUGUCGGUGCGAUGCAGUGGAUCGUGCUGAAGCUGGGCUGGAUACUGCAAUCGCUCAUGGGUACGACGGUGUGUGAAGGCAUUAUGGCAGCAGCGAACAUCUUCCUCGGGAUGAGUGAAACUCCGCUCAUAAUCAAACCAUACGUUAAGGAUCUCACUCACUCGGAGUUGCAUUCCGUCAUGGCGUCGGGAUUUGCGACCGUUUCGGGUACGGUGCUGGCCGCAUACAUCUCGUUCGGUGCGAGCCCUGGACAUCUGAUUACGGCGAGCGUCAUAUCAGCACCGGCCGUACUUUGCGUGGCGAAGAUCAUCUAUCCGGAGGUGGAAGAAAGUAAAACGACUUCGAAAAAUAUUAACAUCGCUAAAUCUACCGAUUCUUCCCUGGUAGAUGCCGCUUGUAAUGGUGCAAGUUCGGCUAUCUCACUCAUCCUGGGCAUCAUCGCAAACUUAAUCGCGUUCGUGUCGUUUGUCGCAUUUAUGAAUGGAGUGCUGGCGUGGCUUGGCAUGCUGGUCGGAUUGGAAGGUGUAUCGCUGGAAUGGUUCUGUGGAUACCUUUUUCGACCGCUAGCGUUCGUGAUGGGAGUGUCGUGGAAGGAUAGUGAGCACGUUGGUCAAGUCAUCGGUAUCAAAACGGUAGUGAACGAGUUCGUCGCUUACCAACGGCUUGGAGAGCUCAUUCGGGAUGAAAUCAUUACGAAACGAUCAGCCACGAUUGCUACGUACGCCAUCUGUGGGUUUGCAAAUCCUAGCUCGUUGGGUAUUAUGAUCGGAGCGAUGAGUGCAAUGGCGCCGGAACGGCGAGGCUCCAUUACUUCUGUAUCGUUCCGUUCGUUUAUUACCGGAUCGAUAGCAUGCUUCAUGACCGCGUGUAUUGCUGGACUGUUGAUCGAUGAUUUUCAAGGCUCGCGAGGAUCAUCGCUGAACAUGACUGCGUUAUCAAACUCUACCGUCGUGUAA